GAGCCUUGUUCCCGUCCCGGGGUUGUUAGAGUGAGACGUUCCUGUUAAACCUGCUCGGGCGCCACUGCUCCAGUCGAUGGGAGCCCUCGGCUUCUGCCAGGCAGGCUCCUACCCUGUGUAUGUUCUCUGCUGUCUCCUCGCCGCCUAUCUGCUCAACCAGCUUGAUCGCUAUGUCCUGGCCAUCGUGAUACAACCGCUGGCGCAGGACUUGGAGUUUGGGGAUAGAAGCUGUCUUUCGGCCGGGGGUGCGGAGGGGAGCAAGGUGCAGUGUCGCAACGCCAGCUCCCAAGAGAGCUGUCUCUCCUUCCACAGCGAGAACCAGACACAAUAUUGUCAAUGGAACUACGAUGGGACUGGAUGGGAGUAUCAAAUCAUGGCUGGUCCUGUCUUCGUCCUUGUCUACACCUUGACAGGGAUUGUCGUCGGGUUUAUGGCGGAUUCUGUGAAUCGGAAGAAUUUCCUGUCGGCCAGUGUCUUCCUCUGGAGCCUGAUGACGUUCCUGAUGGGCUUUGCCAAGCGAUACUGGCACCUGGUACUGCUGCGCUUUGGGCAAGGGAUCAGUGAGGCGGGAUGCACGCCGUUUGCCAUCAGUCUGAUCGUGGACUACUUCCCCAAGGUGACUCGAGGCUCGGCCAUUGGCUUCUACAACUGGGGCAUCUACGCUGGCUACAGCCUCUCCUACGCUAUUGGCAACUACGUUACCAGAGCCAACAUCCUGGGGCAGGGCUGGCGAUGGGCGUUCUUCCUCAGCGCUCUCCCCGGGUUUGUCGUGAGCGCCGUCCUGCUGCUGACGGUCCGGGAGGCUGCGACCAGGAGGGGCAGCGCCAGCGCCCGUGGUCUCGGCCUCCGGCACAAGCUGGUGCAGGGUCUGCGGCCCUUCCUCAGGCCCUCACUCCUGCUCUUCUCCUUCGCUGGCUCUGUCAGGAAUGCUGCAGGGUAUGUCUGGGCCUACAACACCCAAGUAUAUUUCAACCUGUACUUCAGCGGCGUGGACGUGGGCCGCUGGUUGUCAUGGAUACCGCUAGUGGGGGGCUGCAUUGGAGCAGUUGCUGGAGGGCUUAUUGCGGAUCAAUUGGUCAAGAGAAGAGGCUUGUACGCCCGCGUGUGGGUCUUGGUCUUCAGUCAGGUAGCAGCAGCUCCUUUCGUUGCCGGGGCACUCUGGCUGAAACCGCCAUAUUCCUUCAUCUCUUUAAUCCCGGCCAAUAUAAUUGGUGAGAUGGGCAUCGGGGUGGCGCUGACGAUCGUGGUGGAGCUGGUCGCGCCCGCAGUUCGCACUCCCGUCGUGGCCAUCUACAUCUUCAUCAUAUCCAACAUCGGUGGCAACGCCCCUCUCCUGGUCACCCCCCUCACCCGCCGCUGGAGCCUGCGCCUUGCCUUGCUCGUCCUGUGUCCCGGCAUGUUCGUGGCCGGAUCCCUGCUCUUCCUCCUUUCACUGGUGCUAAUGCGCUGGGACCAGAAGCUGGUUUGUGAGGAGGAAUCGCAGCCACUACUGGGGUUUGAGAGCUUUGACCUGGACCAGAGGUCACCAAGCGAACUGGAACUUUACGAAGACUUCUGAUGUUUUCCGUGAGGCCGUGGCUGCAGGGGAGGGUGGCUGGGCAGGAUGGUAGGAGGUGGCCAAUUGCACAAUGGGUUCAGUCUGAGGAGCGGCAGUGCAGAAAAAGGCCCUUCGGCCCAUCAUGGAGAUGUCAGUUCUGCCCAGAAAUAAUAUUGCUCUCUGUGCAGCUGAUAACUUAAAAAUUCCGCAGCAAACUCCUCCUUACGCCCUCUGUGGGAGAUACAAAUGUUGGACGAGGUCAACAUCCCUCCAGCAUUUCAGGUCUUUGUUUGCACCUGCUGCUCGCUCUCGUGUUUUUUAGUUUUAGUUUUUGCUUGGAGAACCAACACGGAAAAAGCUCUUCGGCCCACCGUGUCCACUCCCACCAGCGAUCCCCGCAUG